UAGUAUGUCGAAUUUUGGUUUAGACCAAUUUGAAUAACAAACGUAAGACUCCGACAAAAGAUUGAUGAUAGUUUUGGUUUACCCCUGAUGUACCAAGUCUUAUCGAGCUCAUACAUCAUUGAGCCCCGGUAACAUCUGCGAUCCGAGAUUCAUUGCUUUCGGUGAAUUAUCGGAGUCGUCUUACCGUACGGUGCACUAUUGAGUGGUGGGAGUGUGCGGUAAGAAUCUCGACUUGGGAUUCUCAAGAACCAAGUGCCGGCGGACCCGUCUGGAAGUGGAAUUUUAGGCCGUCACCGAAGCAGUCCGCUCCGUCCGUUCGCUGGGUCUGGUUGCUGUUGCACUCGUAGUCGCGCAACAUUCGGUUUCACGGUAAUAUUUGUACGUGCUGAUAAGUGCCAGUGUGUUGAAUUAGCCGUUUGGACUGAAUAGUUUGUUGAUACUGGUGAUUAAUUGGAUAUAAAAGGGCCUUGUUUUCAUUCAAGAGAUUGAUUUCCACUUGUCUCGGCGUGAACUCCAUACAAAUGGACUUAUAAUUCAAUGAGAGAACCGCAUAACCAAAACAAUGUCAUCUGCGAUAUGCCAAAACUUUGUCCAGAAUGCUUGGAAAAAAGAAUUAUGCUCAAAUUGCUUUAAAUCCAAGGACGAACACGCCACAAAGUCAAAAUUAAAACCUGUUCCGGCAACAACCAAUAAAAAGGUGGAGAGUAUCAUCAAGAAACCAAAUAAGUUUAAACCAAAACAAACUGUUUGUUUUCCUAAUGAGCUUACAGAAAUUAUUGGAUUUGGUGGCGAAGAUUGGGCUUCCGAAAAUGAAGAGGAAGAAGAUACUAUUGAUGAUUCUGAGGACAGUGAAAACAGUGAAGAAGAUUCUGUAACUGAAUCAGAUGAUGAUAUCAAAGAGUUAAAACGAAUUACUAAGGAAAACACUGAUUUUAAUACUACGGGAUUAGCUGAAGUGGAACCUAAGAAGACGUUUACUCAACUGUUACUAGGACAACCUGUCUUAGAUAAAGAUGGCAAAAAGCAGACAUUAUUAGUAUCAGUGACUCCUUUCGGCGAAGAAACUACUUCCAAAAAAAUUAGUAAAAGCUCGCACAUUCCAAUAUCAAAGGCGACAAGAGAAGUUGCUGUUGCAGAUACCAAAACUAAUGUAGUUUUGAAAUCUUAUACAAAAAAUGAUGAACAUAAGAUGGAAAUGGAAGAGAAAUCUCUAUUGGAUGAAAUAUCAGAAACAUUGGAGAAGGGCAAAAAUCCUAUUCAAAUAAUGGCCCGUAAGAAAAUUCAAAAGGAAAUAGUACUUACUGUUUCAAAAUCCGAUUGUAAUAAAGAAAAUGAAGGUGAAAAUUCAACCGACUCUAAAACGAUAAAAGAAAACAAUCAAGUCGAUUCUAAGCAGAAAUCCAAUGUACCUGAAAAGAGAGUGAGCUUAACUCGUACACCAGCUCUUAUCAAAAAAGACAAUGAAAAGCCUGUACAAUAUCAAACAUCUACGGCGAAAAUAGAGUUACUGAACACCAAGAACUUAAAACUUAAUAAAGAGACUGUAAAUAAUAAUAAUAAGGCUAAAAGUGAAGUUAACAAUAAUGAAAAGACUGAUAGUAUAGAAAAACCUAUUGAACAGAAGGACAGUACCGUAGGCAUAAGUAAUUUCAUCAAGGCUGAAAUAAAAAGCAAUGAACAGCAACAAAUCACGCUUGAUCAAGAAUCUAGUCCCAACGAAUCAGACGAAGUGAACAACAAUAAGGCAACCAAAAACAAUAUAUCCGAUUUAUGCGAAUCAAAAGAAAAGAAGGACGAGAUCAACUCAAACAUGGCAGAGAAAACUACCCUAGAAAGAAAGGAAAAAGUUGUCGGAUUACCGCCGCCAGUUCCCAAGUACACUAACAUGAUUUUCCCACAAAGUAGGGAAUUGGCGGGUGAACCAGACGGAAGGGCUGACCCGGAAGUGAUCAAUGAAUUGCCAGCUCUUCCUUUAACUCCUCCACCAGUUAUGGAAGUGCAAUCAUCCUUUUUACACGCCAAUCAUUCUUUGUACGAGAAACCCAAAAUUCCUAAUAAACCUGCCACCGUACUUAUUCGAAAGCCUGUCAAUCCUAAUCAACAGAUAGUUCCUGCUCAGACUCUGACUACAUUCUGCAGUGAUCCCAAACUCAAAGAAGAGAAAAUGGCAUUGUGCAAACAGGAUUCUUUUGACAGUGAUUUAUCGGUUAAAGGAAUCAAUAAGAGACGUGCACCAAAACCACCAGAAGAUAAUGGCAUUUACGCAAGACAUUCGAGUAGCUCUAUUACUGGGGAUUCUCCAGUGGUACGUGAAAAGGAAAAGAGGGAACGUGCUUCUUCCUGUACCCCAAAAAUAUACGGAGUAUGUAACAGUCCACAAGGUGAACCAGAGUACAGCACUUUACCAGAACCCGCUCCAAGAAAAUCUUUAUCUAUUUCUACUGACAGUCUAACUUCGAACUGUGGAGAAGAGAGGAAGGCCAAGACAAAAGGCAGAUUUAGCUUGAAGAAGUUCUUACGUAUGGGAUCCAGUAAAGAGUUAAACAAACUACCAGUGGACGUUAAAAUUGAAGAGCAGCAGGUGGAACAACCUCCACAACCAAAACCAAGAUUAGUUAUCGUACAUCCGUCAGAAUUAAAUGGAACAAAAGUUGAGGUUGUCCAAAAACCAACUAUAGAUCAAGUAGAUUACCAAACAAGCUCAAGCAGCGAAUACGAAUCUUUCAGCCCGAAACUCAAUAAACCUCCACCGCCUCCAAGAAAUUACGAUGAAUGGAAUAGAAACUCCAAACCCAGCCUUCCUCAUCCACCUAAAUCUGCGGAUAUAAUGAACAAACAGAGACAAAUAUCUAGAAGUAACUCUGCUGUGAAGAAAACUGAGACUGUCUAUGCAAAUCUUGGGGAAGUCAGAAACUCUAUCGUUCCAAACAAACCACAAAGAACUGCGAGUAUGAGAGAAAGAGAGGCGUUACAACAGAAACAAAUCCAACGCAAAAAUGGCGACUACGAACGAAUUAAUGUUAAAGAGACUGAAAAUGUCUACGAUUACAUAAAUAGUGCUAGAUCAAGCAGUCCAGACUCGGAUUCUAGCAGGGGUGGUAAAAGAAGCCCUACUAUAAAGAAUAUACGAUUAAAUAAACGAUCAGAGAGCAGCAUAGAUGUAUCGGGAGAUUACUUUAAGUACAAUAAUAUUCCGAGAUCUAUGUCUUUAACGUAUUGUGGCAGCGAAACUGAAUCGGAAAUUUAUUCGCCUUAUGGAUUUUAUGGAAGUGAAUCUGAAGUAACUGAAGACGAUCACGAUUGGAUUCAAAAUGGAAGAACGCAUAAACUAAGAUCUAGGAAGGGCAGAAGUAUUGUCCACAAAAAUUUGGAAGACAACUAUGGUGCUGUUGUUGUAGCUAACCAUGAAGCCUUAGCUCAAGUGUUAGAAAAUAUCCAACAAACCAGUCACAUCUUGCCAGCUCUGAGGGGUCUGAAGACUGCCCAGAACCUAAGAUGGUCAGAUUUCUCUAUGAAAUCAGGUACGCAACCGGUCAUCGUUGGACAGAGGGCCUUUCUGCAAGCAUUGUGGGGCGCCCAGCACGUGACAUUGGUCGUAAAUGCUGGAUCAUUGACUACGAGCACAAUGUCACUGGGAACCUUCAGUUUAACACCUGUCACCGAAUUCAACGAUCUUGUGCCUUCUUCCUAUCUACCAAUGAGUGGUAAUGAAGGCAGCAAACAGAUUCAAGCGAAUAUUGCAGUGUUACCGUGGUUGCAAAUUAAUACGAUCCAAUCGUACAGCGACUUGCUUAAAAAUAAGCCCUCAGCAAAUCAAGAAGAGAAUUGGAAAGAUGCCAGUUUCGUGAUGCUGCAGCUAGUAAACGCACUGAAAUGUCUGCAAGCUCAAGGAAUUGAAGAAAUGCCAGUAUCCCUUAACAGUUUUAUCUUGUGCAAAGAAAUGGAAAGGGAAACUUACCACAGACUGUGCGUCUUACAAGGAUUGGGCUCAGAAAUAUCCAACAAAGCGGAAGAAAAAUAUGGAACUUUGUGCAUGUGCGCAUCUAAAGCUUUAUUGGUCCUUCAACCCACCGCCAAGAUUACAACCCUCAUUCAGUCUCUUUUGAGUAAUGAAAGGGCAGUAUCUUUAACUCAAGUGAAGUCCAUUUUGGAAUUCACUCUUUGGGGACCGUCUGACGUUAACUUGGGCAGUACAAUAAGAGAAAGAGAGUUGGCACUUCAACGGUGGUUGGAUUUGCAAAGGGCUACAGUGUUACACGGUCUUGUAUGUGCAAGAGUUCAACUUACUGUUUAUGAAGAGUGUCAUUUAUUGUUCUUAGUGCGUAGCAAUUCAAGAAUGAUGUGCGAUGCUUCUUUACUUAUUGAAUCGAGUAACAUGAAGCACGCAUAUUUGAACAGUCACAAAUAAUCUGGCGAAUAUUAUUCAUAAUAAGUACUAUUUUAAUUUAUUACUAUUAAUCAAAGAUAUUCAAAGUAUCUUUAUGAUUAAUAUUAAAGUUUUAUGAAUACAACAAUCACAUUUUGCCAAUUGUCUUACCAUAACUUAUUUUUUAAUGUACAUGGUGUUAGACUAACUUAUUUUUAUAGUGUAUAUAUCAAAAUUUCUAGCUUAUGUACUGCCAGAAUAUUAUAUGUUUAUUGUAUAUAUUAAGAUUAUAUAAUUUUAUAAUUUAUUGGUUUUUGGAGAUAUUUUCAACUAAUUUAUAUGUUUAUCUUAAUAUUUUAGUAGUAUUGUUUAUUAUGUAUAAAAUACAGUGCCUUAUGUAACAUUUUUAUAUACAAAUAAAUUUAUUUGUAUCUUUCAUAA